AUGCGUUUCAACUACUUCCUCGCCGCUGCCGCUGUUGCGAACGCCGCCGUUAUUCCCCAAAUCCCCCAGACCAAGGACACGGUCAAGGAUGUCACCUCUGGUGUCAAGUCAACCGUCGACGGCGUCACUCUCCCCAAGGUCAACGCCCACGUAGGCCGUCGUGCCCAAGCAAACGUCGGCGCUAAGGUUGCUGGUGUUGAGCCCAAGGUCGCUGUCGGUCUAGGACGACGAGUAAACACAGGCGCCAAGGUCAACCUCGAGGGCGUCACAUACGACAACGUUAACGUCACCGUUGACAAGGGCAUCAACCCCAAGGUCGGUGCCAGCGUAGGCCGCCGCGCUGAUGCCAACGUUGAUGCUAAGGUCAACGCUUUGGGUCCCUUCACUGCUGAUGCUGCUGCCGGCGUCUCUCUCAACAAGCGUCUCGACGCAGAACUUGAGGCAGCAAUCGACGCUAAGCUCGAGGCUCUCGGUGUCUCUGCCGAUGCCUCCGUCGAGGUCAAGCUCCAGGCUCUUGGUCUCUCCGUCGAUGCCUCAGUUGAGGCCAAGCUUAACGCUCUCGGUCUUUCUGUCGAUGCCGAUGUUGAUGCUAAGGUCAACGCACGCCAAACGAUCCCUAACGUCAACGUCCCCAAGGUCGACGGCCUUGUUGGCGGUGUCACCUCCGGUGCCACCAACGGUGUCAAGUCCACUGUCGACGAUGUCAAGGACAUUGAUGUCGAUGCUAAGGUCGACCUCGACAGGCGCCAGCUCCCCAGUGUUGAUGGCCUCGUUGGUAACGUCAAGGAUGGUGUCAACGGCAUCAAGGACGGUGUUACCUCUACUGUCAACGAUGUCAAAAACAUCGAUGCUCACGCCGAUGCUCUGGACAAGUCUGUUGAUGCUGCUCUGACCAGGCGCCAGCUCCCUGACGUCAACGGUGUCGUUGGCGGUCUUGAGGGUGCCGUUCCUGGCCUCAAGUCUGUCGAGGAUGCCGCUACCCCUAUUGUCGACGGUGUCAGGGACAACGUCGUUGGUGGUGUUACCGGUGUUGUCUCCCCUAUCGUCAACGACGUCAAGGACGGUGUCACCUCUGCUGUCACUCCCAUUGUCAACGGCGUCACUGGUGCUGUUGACCCUAUUGUCAAGCCCGUCAAGGACGCUGCUACUGGCGCCGUUAAGGGUGUCGAGGGUGCCGUCGCCCCUGUUGUCAGCAACGUUCAGGGUGCUGUUGACCCCGUUGUUAACGGCGCUAAGGGUGCCGUUGAGCCUGCCGUCAAGAACGUCACUGACGGUGCUCUCCCUGUUGUCAACAACCUCAAGGAUGGCGUCACCUCUGGUGUCGGCUCUACCGGCCUCUAA